GAAGGCUUUCUUCCACCUCCACAGGCACGGUCUUCCGGCAUCGCUUUCAUUUGGCACACCAUGGAAGCUGCGGCGAGCUACGUGAAGGACGGCGACGACCUCAGGGACACGGAACUCAGGCUCGGGCUGCCGGGCACCGAAGCGCCCGAGAAACCGGCGGCCCCCUCGACGAGGGGCAGCAAAAGAGCGCUGCAGGAAGAUGGCGACAUGGAAAGCCGUGCCAAGAGCAGGCCUUUGGAGGUGGACUGCGGCGAAGCACCAGCGGCAAAAACGCAGAUAGUUGGGUGGCCGCCGAUCCGAUCGUACAGGAGGAACAGCUUCCCGCCGAGGAAGGUGGAGGCGGAGGCGGAGGCGGAGGCCGCCGGACUGUACGUGAAAGUGAGCAUGGACGGGGCUCCUUACCUGAGGAAGAUUGACCUCAAGGUUUACAAGGGUUACAAGGAGCUCAGGGAGGCCAUCGACAACAUGUUCAAGUGCUUCACUCAAGGAGAGGUCUCAAGGAAAGAAGGCUGCAUCAGUGGAUCUGAAUCUGCCAUCACCUAUGAGGACAAAGAUGGAGACUUGAUGUUGGUCGGUGAUGUUCCCUGGGAGAUGUUCAUCUCCUCCUGCAGAAGAUUGAGGAUAAUGAAAGGAUGCGAAGUAAGAGGCCUGAGAACAAGACAAUAUAGCUAGGGCACAGGCUUACAAAGAAGAAACGAAGAUGGAGAGAAGAAGAAAGAGAAAGAAGAAGAAGGAAGCAUGAUGUCUGUGUCAAGAACAAUCUUGUAUUCCAACUUCACAAGAUGCAGAGUUUGUUCUGCAUGAGAUGUUUUCUGUAUAAAGGAUCUCUUUUAAGGUUUUUUGAGUUCUGGUUACACUAUAUAAUCAAAGGAUUGCUUGACUUCCUAUUUCAUGUACCACCAUGAUCUGAAUUUGAAGAAGCAAACAGAACAAAAGAGAAGAUAAACCAUGUUUCAGAAUC